AUGACCACCACGAACUGCUCCCUGACGGACCAAAGCUCACUGACAAUGCUCGCAUUUGCAAAGUCCAUAGCCACCAUCCGCGGCGACCUCUCCAACAUCACCGCCCCGCCAUUCGUCCUCGACACCAAAUCGACCGUCGAGCUGCCCUCGUUCUGGGCCGAGAGGCCCUCGACCUUCGUGGCCCCCGCGGCGGCAGACGACCCCGCUGAGCGGGCGUUGUUGGUGCUGAAAUGGUUCCUCUCGUCCCUGCGGAAUCAGCAGUACGGGGGCCGAUCGCCGGUCGAGGGCGUGAAGAAGCCCAUCAACGCCUUUCUCGGCGAGUUGUUUUUGGCCAGAUGGGAUGGCGACCAGGUCCAGGACCAGGACGGGGCUGCUGGGGACAGGAUCGGGGUUACGAGGCUGGUCAGUGAGCAAGUCAGUCAUCACCCGCCCGUCACGGCGUGUCGAGUCUGGAACGAGAAACACGGCGUCACGGCAGAGGGCUAUACCCGCCAGGAGAUCACCUUCAGCGGCAGCGUCAACAUCCAGCAAAUCGGGCACGCCACACUCCACCUCGCGCGCCACGACGAGACGUACCUGAUCCCGCUGCCCGACAUCAAAAUCAAGGGCGUCCUGACUGGCUCCCCGUACCCGGAGUUGCAGGGCACGCACCACAUCCCCAGCACGAGCGGGUACACUUCCAUCAUCGAGUUCAGCGGCAAGGGCCUCUUCUCCGGCUCGGACAGGAAGCACGGCUUCGAAGCCAGUGUAUAUCGCAAUGCCGGGGAGGGCGAGGGCGGUGGCACUGCUGCUGAUGAUCCCAUAUACACCGUCUCCGGCCACUGGGACGGCCAAUUCGUCAUCCGCGAUGCCAGGAGGCAGGAGAACGUCGUCGAGCUCGAGACAUUCGACGUCACCACCGCGACGACCACGCCGCUUGUUACCGACCCCGUCGCGGAGCAGGAUCCGUGGGAGUCCCGUCGUGCGUGGCGCGGCGUCCGCGAGGCCCUGCAGCGCGCGGACAUGCAGGCCGCCGCGGACGCCAAGGCGAGAGUCGAGAACGGCCAGCGCGAGAUGCGCAAGGCCGACGGCGAGGGCCGGGACUGGGAGCGCCUCUUCUUCGAGCCCGUGGCCCGUCUGGACGAGGUCGCCGCGUCGUUGGCCCAGAAGGUCGGACUCGCCCUCAGCCCCAACCCCGGGGACAAGGCCGCGGCGUGGAGGUUCCGGCGCAGGGACUGGGAAGGGGGGCGGUUCCGGAAGCCAUAUCAUGGCGACCUGAUGCCGGACAAUUCGCACGCCGGGUCGGACAAGGGAGGAAGAGGUGGUGGUACAGUUGUGAACGGUGCCAAUGGUGUUCCUGUUCCUCCCCCUGUCGCUGACCCGCAAACCACACAUUCACACACCCACGCUGAGGAGGAGAGACAUGUUCCGUUAAAGCAGUCAAAGUCAACGGCUCAGCCCGACGCCGCCACCACACCACCCAGGCCGACGUCUCCUGCAGCGGAGACCGGCACCCAAGUCGAAGCCGACACAAAGACCGAAACAACCUCCGGAUCCAAGCCGGGCCGCGUCACCGGUCUUAAUACCUCUUCCGCAGAACGAGAGAUUCCAGCCCCGGCACCAGCUGAGAGGGAGACGGACGACAGUCUCGAACAAGAAGACAUGACGGCGCGAGACAAGAUCCAAGUCGAGGAGUUUCUCAGGGAUAGGUAUUCGAGCAGAGGGUGGUGA